CUCCAAUCAUCACUACACACUGAUCUGACUCCAUGUGUGAGAUUUGCUUGGAAUGUGAUCGACGUUAUGAAUCAUUAUGAAUUUUAUUCGUGCAAUUUUCAGAUCAUCAAAGGAAGUAAAGAAGCUAGUCGGCACUGACUAUCUAGGCAAUAAAUAUUACGAAAUUCCGGAGGAUGCUAAAGUGUUGGGUGAAAAGCUAAAACAAAGAAGAUUUGUAGAAUCAAACAUCAGCCAUUAUGAAUAUAAACCAGGAAUGAUACCAUAUGAAUGGGAAGCUUGGAUUAGGGGAAAUCGCAAAGACCCGCCCACCCCAGAGGAGAUCGCAAAGCGAGAAAAUCAAACGCUUAAAGUACAACAACUAGCGAAAGCUUUAGAAGAAAAAGAAGCACAGGUUGAUGAUGUGUCAGCUUGUAUUGAUGGUCAACAAAAACCUUUUGAGGAUGUUACCAAACAUGUAGAGGGUCAUGCCAAAUCUGAAGGCCACACAUCCACAUCAGAAAUUGGCAGUAAAAGUGAUGCAGCUAGCACAGAAAAUGUCUUUAAACCUACUGCUUGGCAACCAGGAAAGAAGGGCAAAUAACUGAAAAGCAAGAUUACCAACAGCAUGUAGAAAUUUAUAAAAUAUAAAAUUUUAGUACAGUACUGUAUAUCCUCUAUAACUUUAAGUGAAAAAUUAUUUAUUGUCAAAGCAAUAUUUUUGAUACUUGAGGAUUGGUACUCUUUACCACCCAAGAGUAAAAUGAAUCGCUGUUAAUAAAAUAAAACUCAUGACCAAAUCUCAAACUAUUUGUAUAAGUAAAGAUUGAGACUGACCCGUGGUGACCAGUAAAAGUUCCCCCCCCCACGAUAAAUUGGCUGAUAUGCUCAGGGAUUGAACCUCAGAUCAUGGUAUUGUAGGAAAAGUACUACCAUCAUCACAAAUUGAUUGGUUACAGUAUAUUGAGUUAUCUUUCAUACACUGUAUGCUCUCAUAUCUGUCGUAUGUCCGUUAUUUACCAAACUUCUUUACCAAUGAAAACUUAUUUGAUGUAAUGUAUGGUGGAAUAAAAAAGUCUCAGAAUCUUUCAUGCCAAGUUGUGCUGCGUAACUACAAACCAAAUAUAUGCCAACAUGAAUAUUGAAUGAUUAAAAUUUAUUAUUUACUAUACUUUGAUUUAAUGUUUUAUAUAUUGGAAUCCAGUCACCACUGAAAAAUGUUAUAAUUUAUUACAUAAUUAAAAUACAGUACUAAUACAUUGUGGUCUUAAAGAUAUACUGUCUGUCAUAAGCUAAAUUAAUUGAAUUAAAUGUUUCUUCAGUAAAUUAAUUACUGUAAAAUUUAAUGAGGAAAAAUUGUCCUCGCUAAAUUAACAAUAGAUCCACAUAAUAAAUACAGCAACUAGUGCAUAUAUUUAUUGCAUAGAUCCUUCAAUUGGCUGGGAAUUAAUUUAACAAUUUUUGUUGUUAGUUUGUAAAUCAGUGACCUGUGAUCAUUGGAAUUUCAUAACUUAUUUAUUUAUUCAAAUGUUGAAUUUAUGAGGUUCAUAAAAUUUUUGUGACAGACCGUACAUCUGUAUUGAGGAUAACCCAACACAUUGUAACGGAACAAAUUUGAUCAGAAAAAAAAAAAAAAACAACAGAAAAGGAAAGAUGAAAAAUAUUUUAAGAUGUUAUUUAACAUUUUAUUUGGUGUACAGUAUUUAAGCUAAAAGUUUUUUGCAUAAAAUGUUCAUUACUGCUUUUCCUCAAAAUACUUGUCCUACUGCGAUCAAGUGUUUGUUGCUGUGAUCUGUUUCUACUUGCUUGAUUUCGACAAUCCAAUAUUCUUCAAUGUUACUCUACCUUCAUUAUGACAGAUGCUACACAGGGAAUAUGAAUAAAAUCACAUUGACUAAUUGUC